AAAAGGAAAGUGAAAAGAUUGAUGGAUUCCUGUACGGGACGCAAAAUGCACUUUAUGCGGUUUUAUUUUGAAAUAUAAACACUCGACAAGCUAUUUAAACUAUCCUUAAACUAUCACCUUAAUAGCAAUGAGCCAGCGGCGCAGCACAUUCCUGAGGAAGAUGUUGAAAGAACCCUUCAGAUAUUGGUCGACUCGCGCCGCUCCUUUGUCACUCUGCUGACAGCCGUAGUCCAGAUGAAUGCCAAAGCUCCCAUCAGGAUCCGAUGAUUACAGGGCAGCUGAGCAAGCCGCUGCUCUCCCUGCGCAGCGACAUGAGCGCGGCAGAACUCCGGGCGGACGACAAAGCGGCCACCCCAGACAGCGAUUUGAACGACGAGCCCCUGCUUCUGCCCUCUGAGGCCACGGACAGAGAGGGCACUCCCAGCAAGCUGUACGGAGUUCGUGACGGAUCAGUUCAGUCUGACGCCAGCAGCAGUCCGUCUGAGCAGAGUCAUCUGGGCCAGUCUCACCCAGGAUACCCAAUGGGCCCACAGUCUCUCCUGGUGGCCCAGCAACUGGCCAAUGCAGUGGGUGGCGUGAUGUCCGGGGCGGCGCCAGGCAUGAACCAGCCCAUCCUCAUCCCUUUCAACGCAGGCGGACACCUCGGCGGACAGCAGGGCCUGGUGCUUUCCCUGCCCACGGCCAACAUCCAGAGCCUGGUGGCUGCCGCCGCUGCAGGGGGAAUCAUGACGCUCCCCCUCCAGAACCUGCAAGCUACCUCAUCACUGAACUCCCAGCUCCAGCACCUGCAGCAGCUCCAGCAGAUGCAGCACCACCACCAGCAGCAGCAGCAACAACAGCAGCAGCACCACCAUCACCAACAGACUCACUCCCACACCCAGAACCAGCUGCCAACCCAGCAUCACAUGACCCCACCCAGCCAGCAGCACACCUCUGUACCAUCUCCAGGUUCCACCUGCUCCUCCACCUCCGGACACCCGCAGCAGUCCCCGCCACACCGGCCGAACCAGUCGCCGGCUCGCAGCCUUCCUUCCCCCGUCACUCCGCCCAUACCGCUGCCGCUUAACCCCCUGGCUAGCCAGGCAGCUGUGGCAGCAGCAGCCGCCAUGGGGUCCAUCGCUGGCUCUCAGGUGUUCAGCAACACCCUGUCAAACCUGCAAGGAGCCACCGGGCAGCUUGUCACAAACGCACAAGGACAGAUAAUUGGAACAAUCCCACUGAUGCCCAACUCUGCAGGGCCCUCCAGCCAAUCAGGGGGUGGCAACCCAGCACUGCAGGUACAGCCAAUUACGCCUCAGCUUCUGACCAACGCUCAAGGCCAGAUCAUCGCCACGGUGAUCGGCAAUCAGAUCCUGCCUGUCAUCAACACCCAGGGAAUCACGCUGUCACCAAUCAAGCCCGGACAGCAGCUGCCUCAGGCUCAGCAGGGUCAGACGGGCCCUGUGUCGUCUCAAGCCAACCUGCUCCACAUGCCCCACAGACAGAGUCCUCUGCACCAGGCCUCCUCCUCCUCCUCCACCUCCUCAUCUUCCUCGGCUCUCAGCGUGGGGCAGCUGGUCAGCAACCCGCAGACUGCCCCCAGUGAGGUGGACGGGGUCAACCUGGAGGAGAUCCGCGAGUUCGCCAAAGCAUUCAAAAUCCGCCGGCUGUCUCUGGGCCUGACGCAGACCCAGGUGGGCCAGGCGCUCAGCGCGGCCGAGGGGCCGGCGUACAGCCAGUCCGCCAUCUGCAGGUUUGAGAAGUUGGACAUCACCCCUAAAAGCGCCCAGAAGAUUAAGCCUGUUCUGGAGCGCUGGAUGGCCGAGGCUGAAGCCCGCCACCGAUCCGGCAUGCAGAACCUGACUGAGUUUAUUGGGAGCGAGCCCUCGAAAAAACGCAAGCGGCGGACCUCUUUCACCCCGCAGGCGCUGGAGAUCCUCAACAGCCACUUUGAGAAGAACACGCACCCCUCCGGACAGGAAAUGACGGAGAUAGCCGAGAAGCUGAACUAUGACAGGGAGGUGGUGCGUGUGUGGUUCUGCAACAAGAGGCAAGCCCUGAAAAACACAAUAAAGCGCUUGAAACAGCCCGACCUCGGCAUGGCCGCGCCAAUGGACCCGCUCACCGACUCUCUAGAGGAGCUCCCCAAGUGAACGAGCGAAAACGCGGCGGCCGUUCGAAACGAAGGCAAAGAAAAAUAACACGGACGAGGACUGAAAAAUGUUGCCGAGUCACUGGGACGGAGGAAACCUUUGUGUUGUCAGUGUGAUCACCACAGUUCUGUAAAUGACCUCUGCGAAAACCAAAAACAUGAAAAAGAGAUUAAUAUGUGAGAAUUAUGUAAAACAAAGAAAAAGAAACAAAUUACGGUUUGCUGUUUUAAAGAGUUUUAGAUCCAGAACGGUCUCCCUAAUUCUGGUUCAACACGAGGAGGGAUUUAGUAAAGAGAAACCAAAUCCAAACACUAUCUACCAAAGUCUGUUGCAUCUAACUGCUAAGAAUAAUUUUGUAAUGUAAAUGUGCUCUAAAUUUUUACAUUUGUACUGGCAAAAUCUAAGCUAUAUGUGUGAGUGUGAGUACACAUUUUAUCUUCCGUCUCUUUACUUUUUCCUUCAUUGUUUGAAUGUAAAUAUUUAAAAAAGAAGAAAAAAAAUGUCUUCAGAUCAAAUCAAUGAUAAAAGUUUUGGGACUUAAAAAAAUGAACCUUUGUUGUUGCAUUAUAAUGUUGUUUGCCUCCAGUUGUGUUUCAUCUAUAAAUAUUUUCAGCCACAGUGUAACUUUGUACAACUUUUACAGGUAUUUAUUGAUAACUGGACGAAGGGGAGGAAGCGGAGGACUUUUAAAACGACGGCGGCGAUAAUGACGAGGGGUUUCGGUGUCGAGUCAUAACUGCAGCUUUGUUUCUGUUGCCAAAGCCUGAAAGCCAAAGAACACACAAACUUCAGCUCAAGGACUGGGGGAGAUCUUUUCCUUUUUAUUUCUUUAUAAUCACAUGGCUUUCUGCCUCCUUUUUCUAAAGUGUUUUAAUCUGUGUUGGAAAAAAAAUUUCGUGUCAAACAGCCUCAACUGUGUCUUCUGUAAUUUCUCAUCUCCACAGCUUGUAAAAAAAAAAAAAAAAAAUGUUUCUUUUAGAUAGGUUUGCCUCUGCAUGCUUUAACCGGACCGCAGAUUUCACCUGACAUCUUUAAACGAACACAUUAAUCUGUGUUUUUCCUGAAAAUGAACACGCUGAGCCUUUUUAAUUUGUCCUAAUGCUUUCUAAAUGUGCAAGGUUGAAGAGUAAUAACCGAGCUCAUUCUUUGCUGUGUUUUUAUUUAUUUUUACUUGAGUAUCUCAAAACCUGUUCUUUUGUACAAAGAAUGGCUUUUUGCUUCUUUCAUAUUUUGGAUUCUUUUCAGCUGAGCAAAGGUCGCUUCUGUUAACUGAAGCUUAAUUUCUGUUUCUUACACCUUUUUUAUUUAAACUGUCUUCAGGAGGUUAUCUUCCUGCUACGAUUUAUUUUUCAUUUAGUGAUUCCUGGAAUUAUUUGAACCCCUGAAUCUUUCAUUCAGUUUUUGUUGCGCGGUGCAACCAACACCUCGCAAAAGUCUUACUUUUUUAGAUUUUCUCCUUUUUGUCACCCAGAGCAUCAUUUUGAAGUGGAACGGAAAUUAUGCUUGAUUUAUUUUUACAGUAGACAUCUGAAAAGUGUGGCAUGCACAUAUUUGCAGGUCCCAGAUUUUAAAAAGUUGGUAGAACUGCCAUUUCUCUGCCGUUACAAUUCUCUUUGAGUACAUCUCUACCAGCGUUAGACUGCAUUUUUUCCUCUUUCUUCAUUGCAAAACAACUGAAGUGUAUUUGUGAACAUUAACUAUCAAGUAUAGCCAAAAAUUCUUAAUUGCAUCCAUGUCACGGUCAAGACUCUCCAGCCAAUUUCAAAAUACAAAGUGUUUCAAAUACAAAAAUGUAACAAUUUAAAACCUAGAAUUUCAGAUUUUUGUUUUUAUCAAACAAACAAAAACUAAAUAAAACCUUUGUUAUGAGAGGAUGACAAUAACAUGAAAGCCUUUAUUAUUCCUUUUAUAAAUCAAAGCUCUUCUUAGCUCUGACAGAGCUGUCAACUGGUUUUCAUUUUGCAUGAAAGCCAAAAACUUCAACUUGAAUCUGAUGUGUGCAAAGACUGAUUUUCUAGUAUUUACAUUUGUGCAAAAAAAAACAACAAAUUAAUCGUCAUUUUCCUUCCACUUCACAAUCAUGACUUGCUUUGAGAUGGUCUACAACAUGAAAUACUUUGAAGAAUGAGGUUAGUGAGGAGGCAAAAUGAGAAAAAAGUUGGAGCAGUAUUAAUAUUUUUUGCAACGCGCUGUAUUUUCUUGUCAGAAAUAUCACUCUUUCAGCCAGAGUCUCGAUCCGUCACUCCCUUCGGAUGUUUUUGCCCUCACAGGAACAGAAAAGAGGUGAAUGUUGAGGAUAAGUGUCACAUGUCAGAGCGAGUGAACUUAAUUUGAAGUGAGGCAAAAUUUGAUGCGAUUUAUUCAGAAUCAAGUGUCGGCUUGACGCACAUCCUUCCUCGUCCAGGUCGGUUAUCUCUGCAUUUUUUUCCUUUUCUUCCCCCCCACCUCCCUCGAUCCCGGUCUGAAGAAUUGCUGCAUCCUGUAAAUGUCAUAGAAAAAUGGUUUGUUUUAAAAAGGCAUCCGUUUACCUCCACAAAUUUGUUCUGCUGCUUUCAUUGUAAACAAACAAUUUCAGGCAGAAGCCGGGCCGAGAAAAACUGCGAGGAGAAAAGUACACACGUGGAUCAGCGCAGAGGCUUAAAACACACACACACACACAAAACAAAAGCUGCAACCAAAACCAAGAGAAAUUUUAAAGAAGACACAGAAAGGAGUUAUGCCUUCACCCGACUUUUUAUCGCUGGACCAAAGCUCUAUAGUUAUGCACAUUGUACAGAGACAGAUUCAAGAUGUUGACAAUCUUUAAAAACACGAGCAGAGAGGAAACGAGCAGCAGGAACACAGAAGUUCAUCCGAGGUUUUCCUCGGCACUGCAAAUCAGAGAAAUGCCAUUCAGGCAAGCAGCUGUUCUGCACUGUGUCCAUGUUCACUGUUAACAGCAGAGGAAAAGGCUUCUCCAUCCUUCCUUUGGUGCAUCGCUCUGUGUUGUACGCAUUUCCUAUUGGGCCACAUUUGUUUUACUCUUAGUUUUUACAGCUCGUCGACAUGCGUAGAAGAAGAAAAAAUAUCGACAGAAGCGUUGGUUUUCAUUCAAUUUGAGAUUUCUUCUGUUUCUCACCUACAAAACAAACACAGAAGCAACUUUUGUUAGCAGUCAAAGAACUAGAAACCAAAGCUGAAGCGUCUCUGGAUGUUGGUUUUCUUUUCUUUGUGUUUUUUUUUUCUUCUUUUCAACAGACUGAAAACUGUAAUUAAUCUUUAGAGCAAUAUCUGUUUUGGUCGGUUUAAGCAGCACUUUGUGUAUUUCUUACAAAACAAAAGAGGAAAAAAAUUAUUUAAAAAAACAAAAAACAAGGAAGCUUCAAGUCUGUCACAUUGAUUUGUACCAUAAUUAGUAAUAAACAAUUGUUUGACAUGAAA